UUUGGGGAGAACGCGGCAAUGGUUUUAGUCGGCACACAAUCACCGCCACACACCGCCCACAGCUUCCACAGAGCCACCUCCUUCCUUCCUUUCCAUAUUUAUCCAUAAACAAAUCUACAGAUUACACACGCACUCGCACACCUUUCUAUAAUUUCCUUAUAUAAGUAACCCUCGGAUUCUAUUCCCCACUAUAUUGGACACACAAGGCCACAAGCAUUUCUUCAAACACUUACUUUGCGAGUAAUUUAGAUAUGAAUCCAGGUGAUUCAAAUUCAGCUACAACUUCUCCAGUUUCUUCCUUCGCUAGAUUCUUCAAGAAAUUAGCAUCCCCCACCAAGAAAUCCCCGAAAGAUACAUGUGAGGCGUCGUUUUCAGCUCCGCUUUCUGGUGGUUCCGAUGACGAUAUUCAUCAGGUGUUUAAUUACUUUGACGAGAAUGGAGACGGGAAGAUAUCGCCUGAGGAGCUGAAGAACAGGUUGAAAGGGGUAGGAGGAGAGGAGCAUGAGUUAUCGGACGAGGAGGCGGAGAUGAUGGUGAGGUUAUCAGAUGCAGACGGAGACGGGAUGUUAGGGUUGGAUGAUUUCGCCAAGAUGAUGAAGGAAGGGGAGGAGGGGGAGUUGAGGGAGGCGUUUGUGAUGUAUUCAAGGAAUUCAUCUGUGAUCACGCCCAAGAGCUUGAAGAAGAUGUUGACACAGUUGGGGCAGUCGACCACCGUGAACGACUGCAAGGUGAUGAUCGGAAGAUUCGACGUUAAUGGCGAUGGGGUGCUGGAUUUCGAUGAGUUCAGGGCCAUGAUGAACUAAGCCCUAGCUCAAUUUCAGAUUCUUUUAUCUGUGUAAAAAAAAAAAUGAGGAAUUGUUUUUUUCUUUUUCCCUUUCUUUCUUAUUCUGUAAAAAUAUAAAAUUUGUAAAUACUUUGUUAAUAAAUAGAUGAACACGGUCUUUAACAGAAA